ACCACUGGAUUUUUCAUUACUAGAUUCUCAUUAUGCAUUUAUUCACUUUCGUUGCUAUGUAAGCCUCCAUAUAUCAUCACCAAAAUAAAUGAAAAGAGGUGGGGGUAGCGAUACGAUGUUAUUCAAACUUUGUAUUAUUCGGGACUCGUAGUGUUAGUCUGUCUCCCGUCUCCCGUCUCCCGUUCCCAUUUUCUCGAAAGUAAGUGCCCCUGGGUUGGGUUAACCAGCCGCUUCCUCCCACCUCCCCUUCCCCCUGAUAGGAAGAAUAGAAAGAAAGAAAGAAAGAAAGAAAGAAAGAAAGAAAGAAAGAAAGAAAGAAAGAAAGAAGGGAUGAAGAGACAGAGUAAAGAAGAGGAUAGAGAGAUAGAAGAAGGGAACAGAGAUAAAAGAAGAGUUGAAUAACAACGGAGAGAAAAGCAGAAGCGAUCUCCCAUGAUCAUGAUCAUUAAAAGACAAUUACAAUGAUGCCAAGACCAACGCCUGAACAUGCGCCGUGAUAUCGAAAAGACCCAGUCUCCGAAAAAAAAAAAAAGAAAAGAAAAGAAAAGCAAGGGCAAAGUGCAAAGGAAGAAUGAAAGUACGACUUUGAACGCUGGCUUCGCGAGUGACAGAAUGGAAGAAAGGGGAAAUGGGUUAGGUUGUUACAAACGAGACGGAGGAAGAGAGAUGGUGCUUAGAAGAGAGGAGAAGAGGAAGAAGAGGAAGAAGAGGAAGAAAAUUUAAUGGAUCCGCCAGCGGGAAUCUAAGCGUGUGAUGUUCAUCACGAAACGAAAGGUAAAGAGAAAGAAAAGAAAAAGAAAAAAAAAAAAAAAAAAGAAA